CUCCCCACACCAUCCUCAGGAAUAAUAAUAAAAGCCUCCUCAGCCCCCUCCCUCUCCUCUCUCACCCUUCUUCAUUCCACAUUCCCCCCCUCCCCCCCUCUCCUUACCUUAACAGAAUCAAACCCAGAAAACAAAAAGCAAAGCAAAAAAAAAAGAGGGGAAAAAAAGAGAAACAAAAGUGGGAAGUUAUUAAGCUGGCAUGUAUCUUUGCCUUCAAGGUUCAAUCUCUCCUCCCUCUUUCUCUCAAUCCAAGUUGGUCCACUUUUGCCCCUCAUUCCUUGUUGCAGUUUCAUUUGGGUUCAGGAUCUUAAGAUGUUGAGGGGGGGGGGUGUGUGUGUGGGGUUUGGUUGCAUAUGAGUUGGAAGGUUCUUCCCUCUGAGUUGGUGCUGUUUUCAUGACCUGUACUGCACCUGUCUCAAACACCUUCAACAGAAGUGUGAACUUGCAAUUCAAUUGAAUGCCCAGGUUCAUUCCUUCAUUAGGAAACUUAAAACUUACAUUAAUUAGGAGCACACAUUCACUUCAUGUUCUCUAAACAUUUGAGUUAGGGUUUUAGAGGAUUGGAAUUAGUGACAGCAACUGAAAGUUCUAUUAGUACUUGUAAAUUAAGGAGGGGAGUGAGAAGAAAAAGAAAAGAAGAGAUUGAAGAUGGCCGCGAAACAUUUGAAUGCAUUUUACGACGAAAACCCGGAUUUUCAUAAGCAGGUCGGGUGCAUGACCGGGAUUUUUCAGAUGUUCGAUCGCCACCACCUCAUCGGCGGGCGGCGGAUCAACAAGCAUGGCCAUGAGAGGAUUCUUUCGGGCUAUGCCAUCCCGAACAGCAAAAGUCAAGGACGAGAGAAUAAUACAACUCCUUCGCGGAUCAUUUUGGAGAAAAAUAUAAGCAAAAGAUCGAAUGAAGCACACCAGUUCUCAUUAGAAUCAUCAAGAGCGUCUUUCUCUUCUACAUCCUCCUCCUCAUUUUCUUCUGUCGAUCAGUCGUUUUUUUCCGAUAGGCCCGCAAAAAGUUCAUUUGACAUCCGAGAUGUCGUGAAGGAUUCAAUAAAUGGCGAUUCCAAGGGCUUAUCAAUAAAAACUUCAUGCAAGGAGGUGAAAAGCGACAAGGAGCUGAAGUAUAAAGACUCUCCAAGGCCUUUGCUUCUAUCCAAAUCACUCGAUGGGACUUACGUGAUUGCAAUUAAUAGAGGAGUGAAAGAAGAACCAUUGAAAUUAUCUCACUGUGAAGCCAAAGGUGCCUCUUUCUCCGCAAUCUCAAGGGAAAAUCGGCGCUUCUCUUGUGACGGUAGAGAACUACCGCGCUUGUCUGUCGAUUCUCGAGAUAAUGGCAAGUCAAAUACCAAACUAAGGGAACGUCCUAGACUAUCUUUGGAUAGUAAAGAAGGCACCAUGAACAGGUCAAACUUUGAUUCAAAAUCCAGUUCAAUGCGGAGGGAUUCGGAUCGAAAUACUUUAAAUCGAAGUUUCUCGAUCGCGUCAGGUCAAGAAUCGCCGGGUCAUAGACGGUCAAGUAGUAUCAUUGCAAAGCUUAUGGGGCUAGAAGCCCUUCCUAGCGAAGAGUUGGUAGUUCAUGGAUCGAAGGUGGAAAAAGAGUACAAUUAUUUUGGCGAAUUGGAAUCUCCAAAGGUCAGUUAUAAUUCUUUGGUUUCAAAACCCAAGUCUUCUUCUUCUUCUAGGGUUUCAACUGAAUCAGCUCCUUGGAGAGAGAAGGAUCAAAGUGCUAUCCAAAGAGCCACAACUGGAUACCGUAAGCCUGAAAUGAAGCGAAAAGAUGCGCCAAUUUAUGGGGAGUUUGAGAAAAAAUUGAAAGAAAUCGAGUUCGCUAAAGAAUUAUCGCGCGGAAAAUUCAGUAAACAAGUUGGUAAUAGACAUGACUGGAAUUUUAGGACAAUAACAGUCAAAGGAAACAUCACCUCGAGAGCUUUUGAUUCUCCCAUUGUUAUUAUGAAACCCGCAAAAUUGGAUUCACGAAAGAAAAAGGUCCCUAAUGAUGUAUUUCUCUCAAGAGAUAAGAAAUUCAAUGCGGGGAAAGAAUAUACUCAUUCAGAAAAGGGCAGAUCACAAAUUAAGCUCGCAACUGAAAGAUCUGUGGAAACUCCGAGCUCCGUCAGCCCAAGAUUGCUGAGGAAGGUAGAAUCAGAAAGAAAGUCUCUUCCUCCUAUUCCUUCUAAUAAUUUGAAGAAGCCCAAAAGGCACUAUACAGAUAAGCAGCUACCUGAACCAGCUUCUCCGAGAAGUGGACAAAGACCGAAAAGUGCUCCAGUAAAAAGAAGCGAGAGGAGAAAAUUUGGUCACAAUGAGAUCAAAGCUUCUAAAAGGUCUGAUAUUGAACAAGUCGAAGAAGUCGGAGAGAGAAAUUUAGAACAAAUAGACUUAAAUUCGGCUUUUGUUCAGCAAAAUAUGAAGAGUCUCGACAUCAGGGAAUCCAAGGGUGAUGAUCUUUUGUCGAAUGAGAAGAAUGAUCACUCAAUCCUCAAUGAUGAUUUGCCGGUUAAAGACAUUGGAACUGUUGCACCUGAACAACCGAGCCCCGUCUCCGUCCUCGACGCUCCAUUUUACCAGGACGACAUUAGGUCUUCUCCUCUAAAGCGGAUCUCGAAUUCUUUCCAAGUUGAAGAAACUCAUACUUCAGAUGAGUACUGGAAUCCAACAAGCCUACCGGACACACCGCCUUCUAAAGUUAGCAAAGAGGUCUCCAACAUGGAAAACAUGGCGGCCCUUGUCGAGAAACUCAAACAGCUGAGCUCACGAGACGACGAAGUCGUGACCGUCGAUCAAGACGCAGUGUUUCUUGAUUCUAAAGAUCAUCGGUACGUAUACGAGAUUCUCUCGGCGUCAGGACUCCUGCGCAAAGAUUUCACGGCCGAAUUCAAAAGCUCGAUCAACCCUGAACUGUUUCUUGUUCUCGAACAAACAAAGAUAGAGCAGCUCACAACACCUGCCAAGAAGCCAAAGCCGAAUCCCGAAAAGCUUCACCGAAAGCUGGUUUUUGACGUCGCGAACGAAAUUAUAGCCCAGAAAAUGGAAAUUGGAAGCGCAUUUCAUCGACAGAGUUCGUUUUUCUGUAUGAAGAAGCUGACCGGCCAGCAAUUGUUCAAAGAUGUGUGCAUGGAGAUUGACCAACUUCAAGCUGAAAGCCGAAAUGCUGGCAGCUUCGACGAUCACGACGAGGAUGGAUUAUCGUCGGGCAAGAAUAAAACUGUUGAAGGAUGGGAAAAAUUCGGAAAUGAGCUACAAGAGAUGGUUUUGGAGAUCGAAAAAUUGAUUUUUAAGGAUCUAGUCGACGAGGUCAUUUGCGGCGAGGCUGCGAGGAAUUUGGGCCUAAAAAAGUUGAAGCUGCAGAGGCAGUUGUUUAACUAAGUGUAGUAUUUAAUUUGAAUCCAAGUAUCUCUUGUUGAUUUUCCUUUAGUUAAAUGGAAUAUAUUUCUAUAUUUGUCUUGUAUAAA